GAUGGUGUUUUACAAUAUGUAAAUAUAAUUAGUCGAGCGGAGUUUUCAUUCCAGGAAUUCGCCAUAAUACAACAACAAACGAAAAAAAAAACAUCUCACACACACACAUACAUACAUACUGAAACGAUUCGUGUUUAAAAGCCGGUUUACUGCAAUUAUAGCAACAUAUAUAGAUAUAUACAGAGAUAUAUAUGUAUUCCUCAACUCAAUUCAAUGUCUAAAAACCAGGCCUAGGCCUAAAAGAAGGAGUGAAAGAGAGAGAGAGAUAGAUAAACGGAGUAGGUCGAGAAGGUAGUGAGUGAACAAGAAAAAAGUUAAAAAUUAUUUCCUCAAGGAAAACUGUGAUUAUCAUUUAUUCGAGUGCAUAAUUCCCUCUGUGUACCAGUGUCUGUGUGUGAGUGCAUAGUGUUAUUGCAAAUUUUUAAAGGGCAAUUGCAAUUCGGCGAUUGCGACGAUGGCAGUGUCCUGCCCUGAAGUUAUGUACGGUGCCUAUUAUCCAUAUCUAUAUGGGCGCGCUGGACCAAGUCGUUCGUUUUAUCAAUAUGAAAGGUUCAAUCAGGAUUUGUAUUCAUCAUCGGGUGUCCAAUUGGCCGCCUCAUCCAGCGCCUCUGGUAGCUCUCAUUCACCCUGCAGUCCCAUUCUACCGCCUUCGGUGAGCGCCAAUGCUGCAGCAGCAGCUGUUGCCGCCGCUGCACAUAAUUCGGCGGCGGCAGCUGUUGCUGCUGUGGCAAAUCAGGCCAGUUCAUCCAGUUUGCAAUUGGGUGGCGGCAAUGGAGGUGGUGGAGGUGGCAAUGGCGGUGUGGGUGUUGGUUGUCUCGGCGGUCCAAUUGGCCUAAGCAGCGGUAGUGGUUCCAUGGGCAGCCAAGUGGUUCCUGGCAGCAGCAGUAGUGUGGGCAGUGCUGCUGGCCUGGGCAUGAGUCCAGUAGGACUCAGUGGACCCGCCGGACAUUCGUUACACAGUCGCACACAUGCCCAUCAAACGCAUCAAACCAAAGAAGAGGAUCUCAUCGUGCCACGCAGCGAAGCUGAGGCACGAUUGGUGGGCUCUCAACAGCAUCAGCAUCACAAUGAAUCAUCCUGCUCCUCUGGUCCCGACUCACCGCGUCACCCGCACUCGCAUUCGCAUGCGCUUCACGGGGGCGGCGGCAAUCCAUCAGCGGGUGGGGCCUCAUCAACGGGAGUGGGCUCGGCAACUGGCGCCAUGUCUAAGGAGCUGCCAUUGGAUGCCACAAGCAAUAGUGGUGGCGGUGCUGGCGGCGGUGGCAAUAGUCAAGGUCGAGCUCAAUAUCUAUCGGCCACCUGCGUUGUAUUCACCAAUUAUUCAGGUGAUACGGCAAGUGUGGUCGAUGAGCAUUUCUCCCGUGCCCUCAACUACAACAACAAGGAUGCAAAAGAAAGCAACAGCCCCAUGUCGACUCGCAAUUUCCCACCAUCGUUCUGGAACAGCAAUUAUGUGCAUCCCAUACCCGCGCCCACACAUCCACAGGUUAGCGACUUGUAUGGGUCGGCAACUGACACUGGAUAUGCCACCGAUCCGUGGGUGCCGCAUGCGGCAGCUGCCCACUAUGGUUCCUAUGCCCAUGCAGCGCAUGCGCACGCGGCCCACGCACAUGCCUAUCAUCACAAUAUGGCCCAAUAUGGUAGCCUCCUUCGACUGCCGCAGCAAUACAGUCAUGCUGGCUCAAGAUUACAUCAUGACCAGCAGACGGCACAUGCAUUGGAGAGUGCGGCAGCCUACUCGAGUUAUCCAACAAUGGCAGGUCUGGAAGCUCAAGUACAGGAAUCAUCAAAGGAUCUUUAUUGGUUCUAAGCGGCUACCUUUUAUUGUGUGUGGGCAAAAUUUGUAUAAAACUCUAUAUCUACUAUAUGUCCCCCAUCUCCUACACA